GAGAUAAGAAAAUAAAAAUGGCAAUAUCAAGUUCUUUUGUUCUUCCAUUUCUUGUCAUUACCCUUUUACUCUCAUUCUCUUUUACAUCAACUUCAGGAUCUGUAAAUGAAAGCUUUGUGCAAUGCAUUUCCUCCUAUUUACAGCACUCCAACCUAAAUAUUUCACAAGUUGUUCUAACAAGAAAUAGCUCCAUAUACUCAUCAGUCUUGAAAUCUUCUAUUCGAAACAAAAGAUUCUUGAAAACUUCAACUAAUACAAAACCUGAUUUUAUUAUCACCCCAUUUAAUGAAUCUCACAUUCAAGUAGCCAUUCUUUGUGCUAAGGCAUCUGGCAUGCGAAUAAGAGCACGAAGCGCAGGACAUGACUAUGAAGGCCUUUCUUAUUCUUCUGAUGAUAAGUUUGUUCUUAUUGACCUUGCUCAUAUGAGAUCAAUAGACGUUGAUUUAGAAAAUGAAAUUGCUUGGGUCGAUUCAGGCGCGACUCUAGGUGAGUUAUAUUACAAUAUAGGAAAGAAAAGCAAUGUCUAUGGUUUUCCUGCUGGAAGUUGCCCUACUGUUGGUGUAGGAGGACAUAUCAGUGGAGGUGGAUUUGGUACCAUAUUUCGAAAAUAUGGUUUAGCAGCUGAUGUUGUUAUUGAUGCUAAAUUAAUUGACGUUAAUGGAAGAAUUCUUGAUAGAAACUCCAUGGGAGAAGAUCUUUUUUGGGCGAUUAGAGGCGGAGGAGGUGCAAGCUUUGGUGUAAUAGUUUCCUGGAAACUAAGGUUAGUUUCAGUUCCUUCAACUGUAACUGUUUUUAGAGUUUCAAGAACUUUAGAACAAAAUGCAAGUCAGCUUCUACAAAAAUGGCAAAGUAUUGGUCAUAAACUUGAUAAAGAACUUUUUCUUCAUGUAGUUACUGAAGUUGCAAGUUUAAACACCAAUCAAAACACUAUUAGAAUUACAUUCGAUUCAUUGUAUCUGGGAGAGGCUAAAAAUGUUGUUUCAUUAAUGCAAAAUAAUUUUCCUGAACUUGGUAUAAUGCGCGAAAACUGUACUGAAAUGAGUUGGAUUCAAUCAGUUCUGUAUUUCGCCGGUUUCUCAAUAAGUGAAUCUAUCGAUGUUUUGCUUAACAGAACUUCUGAUAUCGAUGGAUUUUUCAAAGCAAAAUCAGAUUAUGUUGUGGAACCUAUUAGCCAAACGGGUUUGGAAGGGCUAUACAAAAGGUUAAUUGAAAUGGAGACAUCAAUGCUUAUCUUGACACCUUAUGGAGGGAUUAUGAGUGAAAUUUCAGAAUCAGAAAUACCUUUUCCUCAUAGAAGUGGAAAUCUAUAUAAAAUCCAAUACAUAGUAACUUGGGAUAAAGAAGAGGAAACGAAGAAGACUCUAAAUUGGUUGAGAAGUCUUUAUUCUUAUAUGAAACCUUAUGUUUCAAAGUUCCCGAGAGCUGCAUAUUUUAAUUAUAGGGAUCUUGAUAUUGGAAGGAACUACAAGAAUGGCAAUACUAGCUUUGCACAAGCAAGUGUUUGGGGUUUGAAGUAUUUCAAAUAUAAUUUUAAGAGAUUAGUACAAGUGAAAACUGCAAUUGAUCCUUCAAAUUUCUUCUGGAAUGAACAAAGUAUUCCUGUUUUUAGGAAAAAACAAUGAUUAAUUAUUAUAUAGAUCAGGAAUUGUGUAAUCAUAAUUGUCUCAUUUGUCCUUAUUUUAUAUUGCAUAUUUAUUAAUUAUUUGUGUAUUUCAAACCCUUAAUGAAUAACAAAGCAGGGAAACCAUAUUGGACGUGAUAGUGGGUGUAUUACCCUAAAAAAAAAAAAAAAA